CUUAUCUGAUCGUGGUGGCGUUCGCUAUCUUAUCGAGAUGUUCCGAAAGUUUUGUUUUUUUUAGUUUCGUUAUCCUAUUUUUUGAGGGUUUUUUGAACAUUCACCUGGUGAGGUUGGUUCCAGUUGGUGGUAGUAUCUUCCUUCUGCAAUAUAUAGCUGCGCCAGAUCGGUGCUACUACUCAGUAUCGUUCUUUGGCCCGUUUCUAGAAGCACCACAAACAGGUCCAAAGCAUCUAGCAGUACCAGUACCAGUCGAAAGUUAUUACCAACAUGAAGGCCGUUCUAUUUCUCGCCGUUGUCGCACUAUUCGUUGCUUUGGCCUACGGUCAGAAUGGCUGUGUCCGUGACGACACCGAUGGACAGCCGCUCUGCAAUGCCCAGGAAAUGACGACCCCUCUGUGGCGUAACAACUGGGAUCCCACCGCCUACUGGGAGUGUGUGACUGCCAACGCACCGGCUGCCGCUCGCCGUUGCCCGACCGAAGGCAUGUUCGAUAGCGCUACCCGUACCUGCAUCAACUGGUUCGACUGGGAAUGGACUCCAACGUGCAAGCCCCCGAGCCGUGUGUAAACCAUACGGCCAAGGAGAGUACAAUACUAAAAUGUCCGACCGCGUUAGUAUGUAGAGUUGGUUAUCCUUUCUUCCCCCUUCGCUUAAACGCUUCUCUCCAGUAAUUGGAAAUUCGACUUUCGAGACACCAUUCCAUCUCUGUUUGCAAACGUACCGACAUCCCGGCAAUAAUAAAGGCUGUAGAUUAGAGUGCCAAAUUUUAAAUGUUCGAUUUUUUCUUCACGAUGAAUGAUCCGUAGAAAGAAAUGAUUCGUGUUUGCAUACACUGUUCAGCAUAGC